CCAGUUUGGACAGGGCAAGUGGCUGAAAAAGUUAUUGUAAAGUAUUUUCCUGGCACAACUGGUUGAUGUUUUAAAUACAGUAUUUCAAGGUGACCUUAAAGACAGCAAAGCUUGAAAACAACUAUUUUGAGGGACAAUGCAAAGGCCAAGUAUAUACAAGAAGACCCUAUUUUAUUUGGGUUCUGCAGUAUGUGGAGCCUAUGGAAUGAAACUGAUAGCUCAAAACUUUACCCUCACUGUUCAGGCUCAAGAAGUUGGACCAAACCAUAAUGAUAUGAAGCUGAAAAAUGUUCAUAUUUUAUUUCGCCAUGGAGCCAGAACUCCUAUCAAACUGACCCCUAACGUUCCUGAGGCAACAUAUGACAAAUCUCUAACCCCAGAGUGCCCAUAUGUUAAAAACUAUAAGAUCACUUACUUGGAUGGAGGACCUAGACCAGAUACUACUAUAGAAGAUACUUACAGAAAGAAACAACUUCAGGGUGGGGCCUAUCCAGGACAACUGUCCACUCUUGGCUUUGAUCAGAUGGUGGCUCUAGGAAUGACCCUGCGCAAAAGAUACAUUGAAAAGCAUGGACUGGUGGAAUCUGAGUACAGACCAGAUCAAGUGUUUAUACGCUCAAGCAACAUAGCAAGAACAAUUGAUUCAUUGAGAUGUGUGAUGGCUGGGGUUUUUGGAGAAAUUAAAGAUAAGGUAACAAUUCCUGUUGCCAAUUUGGAUGAUGAAAUCCUUUUUCCCAACCACCAUUUCUGUAUUGCAAUUCGCCUGGUCCAUCGCAGGGGCUGGAAGCAUGCAGAUGAGAUUGAGGGAUACAGGGACACCAGAUUCAAAAUAGAAAAGAUAUUAGAUUAUGUGGAAGGUGAAGGAAAAGGUCCAGUCAAAAUGAAUGAAGUUAGAGAUGAUCUAGUGGCAAGAAUAGCACAUGGCCUACAGGUACCAGAGAAAUUGCUCCCAUACCUUGACGAAAUUGAUAAAAUGGCCACACUAUCAGCCAAGCAAGCCCUCUGUGGAACACCUCAGGAGCGUGAUCUUGGAUUGAAAUUAGCUGCUGGUCCUAUCCUCCACAUGCUGGAAGAAAGAAUUGAUAAUGUUCUUGAUGGCAAAAGCUCUCAGAGACUGUGUUUGUACUCUGUCCAUGACUCCUCGCUGGUUCCCGUCCUGGUAGCCCUGGGGAUCUAUGAUGACAAAUGGCCGCCAUAUGCUGCUGACCUGUGUAUAGAAGUGUAUGAGGACCAACAAGGGACACACUGGAUCAGAGUGACUUAUUGUGGAAAUGAACAAACCCUCCCAGGUUGUAGUGGCCCAGUGAUCACUUUGGAAGAAUACAAGAAAGCAACAUCCAAUUAUUCUAUACCCAUGCAGACAUAUUGGCACUUGUGUGACAAUGAGGGCCAGGAGAAACCAUCACUACUAGAUCGACUGCUAGGACGUAAAAAGAAAGUAGAAGAAAGGAGACUAGUGCCAGAAGGAAUGUAAUAGGAAAGUCAAAGUCACCAGAACCAUACUCGCACUAAGCCUAAGCAAAAGAACAGCUGAUAAGGAACAGAGGAUAUUUUGUUUUACGUUCAACUAAAAUGAUAAUAAAUUGUGUCUGUUUACACAUUUUACUUGUUGGUUGUCUUAGUAUGUAUAUGUUAACUGAACUUGGGAGUCAUUUAACUAUGAACACUUCCUUAGAUAUGAGAAAUGUUUUAAUUAAGUGUAAUUUAAGUAAUUUAAUUGUUGUUAUUAUUAUCAUUAUUAUUCAAAGGCACAAAGGGCUUUUUUUUCAAAAUGUAGUCCUUUUUUAUUAUUGAUUAACAUUAUAUGAUAAACAGAAGCUGAAAUAUAUGAAAACAUUUAAGUUUUAAGAUCAUGACUACUCUUACACUUCUGAGAGGUGGUAUUGAUUAUUAGACAGGAUGUUCAAAAUUCAAAUACUGACAUGGACAACAUGUUUAGUUACAGUUUUUCUGUUAAUUAAUGAAUGUUAUAGGUAAAAUUGAUAUUCAGCAGUAAGGAAAAAUAUGUAAUGUGCAACCAAAAUAUCUUUUGGAGUAUUAAGCACCAAUAAUUUUAGCUUUAUGCCUUUUACUUAGAUUAUAUUGUAAGGAAUUCAUAAGUAAUGCACAUUAUUUGUACAUCUGUUUCUUAUGCUUUUACUUUAUGACUUUAUUAGAUUAUAUACCAGCAUUUAUUAUUUAAAAGGUAAUUACAGUGCUUUCAUGAUACUGUGAUGCCUUUUCAUUUUUAUGUGGAAUUAAAUUCCCCUUAAUAUUAGAUAUUUCAUUUAAAAUGUCAAAAUUGUCUUGUCAAAAUUUACUUCAUGCUUAAUUUUGAAUUGCUUUAUAGUGGAUUGAUGGUAUUCAAUUAAUUGAUAUUAAUGACGUUAUGUGAAAAACUAGGCUUGAAUUAACUUAAUUACCUGCUGCAAUAUUUAGUGAGAAAGAACUUAUGCAAGUCAAUCAAGUGUGAAUGCACAGUGUCAGCCUCAGUAAAGGUAUUGUAAUUGAAGAAAUCCUACUGCUUUAACAAUAAUCUCUGCUGACUAUGUCAGACAUGAGCCUAGGACUGGGUUCCCAUGCCUAGAUCGAUCCAUCUGGAUCAGUCUAACUUCCUGGGGAAU